AUGGCUUCCCGGAAUCAGAACUGGCCAUCACGAAUCCCCUCCAUUAUGCAGAAAAAAUGGGUAGUAGAUGCUGAAGAAAUUGGUAUUGGUUGUGAAAAACUGGUAGGACAGGGUAGAGCUAGGGUUCCUCUUGGUGUCAUCAACAACAAUGUUAGCGGCGGUGUUGCCGAGGGUUCUGAAUGCGGCAUUGUUGAUUUCACCGAAGACGAAGUUGAUGCUCUGUUGGAUGAGAGGAUGAAAAAGGGGAUUCCUUCUGAUACUAAGAAAAAAAUGGAGCAGACGAUGGAUCUUAUCAAGCGACUUAAACAAUGUAUUAGAUCGUUAAAGGGAAAGAAAGAAAAGCUUCAGAAAGAUCUAGAAUCGGCUGAGAAGAAACGCAUUGAUAGCGAGAAUGAGAUGAAAACUAAGAUAGAUGAAUUGAACGAGACUAUAUCAAAUUUGAGGAUGACGAUAUCCUCUUUAGAAGAGAAGAUUGCAAAGGAAGAAUCAGAUAAACUGGAAGUGAUUGAAUGUUAUAAAAAAGAAAAAGAAGCCAGAAUUGCAGCUGAGCAGAAGGCCAUUGCAACCCAGGACCUGUACAAGCGAUCACAAGAGUAUAAUAUCAGUUUGCAGCAGUACAAUAGUCAGAUUCAGUCAAAUCUGAAAACAGUUAAUGAGGCAAAUAAACGAAUGGAAACAGAGAAAUCAAGUAUUGUUGAGAACCUUAGCAGUAUACGAGGCCACAACAAGGCAUUGCAAGAGCAGCUGGCAUCUCUAAGAGAGGUAUGUAGUUCACAGAGACAACAAAUAGAUAUGUUGCAGCAGCCAAAAAAGAGAAGUUGA